UCUCCCUGCCUAUAAAAACUUCCCGAACCAUUGCAAGCAUAUUCAUUCCACUUCCUAAACAUCCAAAGAAGCCAAAUCUAUUAAACUAGACAGCCAAGAAGUAAAUUCUUUGCUUCUUGCAUAGUUCCUGUGUGAUCCAAGAAGCCAUGACCACAGCCAUGGAGCAGCUUGUUACCCCGCUGCCGCCAAUAGGCGCCACGGAGUACAGAGACCUAAUCCAGGCGCUAGCCACACCAGUGCAAGCUGCUCCGGUCGUGCCAUUCAUGGUGGACACCGAGCAGAGCCCGGCCAUGGCUGUCGGUGCCAGCUGCUACCACCUCAUCACGCCGGCACAGGUGGCUUACUACUACCGCAUCGGCAGGCGCAUGGGACCGGCACCGCGCGUGAUGAAGCAGCACUACGGCCUCGCGGCGCCGGCAGCAACGAUGGCAAAGCUGUACCGCGGCGUGCGGCAGCGGCACUGGGGCAAGUGGGUGGCGGAGAUCCGUCUGCCGCGGAACAGGACGCGGCUGUGGCUCGGCACGUACGACACCGCCGAGGAGGCGGCGCUGGCCUACGACGGCGCCGCGUUCCGGCUGCGCGGCGACGCGGCGCGCCUCAAUUUCCCGGAGCUCAGGCGCGGCGGCCGGCACCUCGCGCCGCCGCUCCACCCGUCUGUCGACGCCAAGCUCCAAGCCGUGACAUCCGCGCCGGCACCCGCCUCGCACGAACCCGAGAGUGCGGGCACCAAGAACGAGCCAGGCUGCUGCUCUGGCUCGGAGGCCUCGACGACCACGACUGCAGCCGACGGCGCAGACCUCUCGUCAUCAUCCAUUGGGUCGUCAUCGUUGGCAAAGGCGGCAGAUCCUCUGCCAGAGAUGCCACAGGUGGAAUUCCCCGAGGCGCCGUGGGACGAGGCCGGCGUCGUCGCGCUCCGCAUGUACCCGUCACAGGAGAUCGACUGGGAAGCCAUCCUCUCCUAAUUAAAGCAAAGUCUCAACCAUUGAACCUUGACAAGAGUAACAAUGGCUGAGUGGCUUCGCGAUGAUGAUGCCAUCGGGCUGCCGUUUGCGGUGCAGCUUAAGUUGCCUUGCACGAUCAGCGUGCCACCUUUCCAAGCCUCUGCUUGGUUUUUGCUCGUGGCAUCAUGCAGGAAGGAACCGGAGGAUGCGCUCUGCCGGUUGCUGUUGCGCACAAUGCCCUGCGCUAGUUUGUUGGCGUCCUUCUCACAAAGAAGAAAAGGCUAUGCAUAUAUGCCAAUGAUGUAUGUGAUGGUUGCCGCCGCUGCAACCACAGAAAUAUAUAUAGUGGUUAAUAUGAACGCCCUUUGAAUUGACACAUUGGAAAGAAAGACUUGCUAUGCCUGUUUGAUUGUGU